AUGCCCACAUAUGCUGCCACAACAUACGACCAAGCACACUUCCCCUGUUUCUUUAUGCUCAGCGUAGGCCUCGGCCUGCAGGCUACUACCACCAUGCUAGACCCCCAAAGCCGAGAGUGGUUCCCUUCCCCUCCCCCCCGCGCCAACCUCCGGCGCCAGCUCCCCUUCGUCAAGUGCUUGUCUAACAUCAUCAGCGCUAUCUACAACCCCCCGUCGACAUCGACAGCAAGUACGCCGAACGACGCGCAGCCCUCUUUGCCGCCCUUCAGUCGCCCUACCACCCCGAGGCUUGGACCAACACAUGGCACACCACCACCUCCCAGCCAGCCUCCAAUGGUUUCAAUACCGUUGGCACUAAGCAUAUCGGUUCAAACGUUCUGCAGCAGUGACCCUCUGCCCCUUCUGCGACGCCCCAGACGGACCGAGUCCCACCUUCUGGAGGAAGCAGCCAAGAUCGAGCCAUCGGACUUCAUCACGAACGACCACCCCGCACGACUCCAUGGAUGUUGCACACACCCCACUGGACUUCACACGGGAUGUCAUUCAACAACGAGUGCCACCAAGACUGGCUACUCCUUCGGUCCCUCGUCCUUCGUCUUCUAUGUACGGAACGAUGCAACGCCGUCCACGCCACCCCUUCAGCUCCCCCUCCCCACCUGCGAGCCUGCCAAGCGUGGCCAUAACGCAUUUCCAAGCACUGGCCACGUACCACACCCACCGACAACAUUCGCUACGGGCGGAUGUCUACACGGCACUUUCAAGGCAAUGCCGCCGUGCCACAUUCGGCCAUCCUUUCCUGCCGCCACAGCUCCCCCGGCAGGGACUACUCGUCUUCAAUGGUGCGGCCACACCAGACAUAGCAUGUGGAGGCUUGGAGCGAUUGCCAUGCCUCUGAGUGUACCCCUACUGAGUGAAUACGAUGCUCGCUUUCUUUCCACCACCACCAACAACUCGGCCGAAUAUGACGGACUAAUACGGGCUCUCUACCCUACCGUCUCCAUGCGCUUCACCCAUGUUGAAGUCUGUGGCGAUAGCCAACUACUCAUGAGCCAGAUGCUGAAGUCCACUACCCCGGCUAGAUCCUUGACGGACCACUUUCCCAUAUAG